AUGGCAACAUGGCUUCCCUCUCCCUCGUGUGCUUCUUCUUCUUCCAUCCUGUAUUUGAAUUCGGCGCCGGCCAGCAACGUUAGACUGCCUCACUCUUGGAGGCAGGCUGCGGUCUCCAAGUUGCCUCUCGAAGCUGUCCAGGAGGUGAGAGAAAUUAUUAUCUCUCCGCCGAAAGACAAGCCAUAUUACAAGUUAAAAGCGGAACUUCAUUUAGCCGGAGAAGGUACUGAGGAUGGCAUUAUACGUCAUAUUUUUCUCCAGCGUUUGCCCUCUGCGUAUCGCGCCGUUUUAGCUGCGGUGGGUGAAGAUGCAUCCGUCAAAAAGCUGGCUAAAAUAGCAGAUAAUGUAGCUGGCCUAACUUCGGGAUGCACUGCUCCCGUUUCUGCCGUAGAGACGCAAGAACCAGAUCCGCUGGCUAGACUCUUGGAGGGACAACGAAGGUUAGAGGCUAGAAAGAAGACGGUUGCAGAAGAACAAAAUUGCUUUAAAAAACUAGUGACACUUACACAUCAUGAUGAAGCACCUAGAUUGGCCUUCAAAUUUUCAUUAUUAAUUGAUGGUUUUGACAGAACUCCCUCAUUUACCAAGACAUUUUCAAAGUGUUUACUCAACAUUAUCCUCAAAAGAUGGACACAAUAA